AUGAGUACAGCAUUCCCAACACAGUUAAAACCACCAGAAUGUUCUCAGUGUAAGAACAGUGCAGAAUACUACUGCAGGACAUGUAAACAAGAUUUAUGUGUUCCCUGUAAGAAGGAACAUGUGGUAGACUUUGACACUAAACACCAUAAUGUAGUGAUUGACCGCUUAAAGUAUGGAGACAUUAUAAUACUAGAGACUUGUAAGAGGCACCAUAACAUGCUCUGUGAAAUGUGGUGCCUGGUGUGUAAGCUUCCUAUUUGUUCUAACUGUGUAGAGCACAUAAAACAUGAAACUCAGGACAUAAAGGCAGUGUAUAAAAAUCAGCAGAAACAACAUCAGGAAAUAAUUUUUCAUGUAAAAAGUGAAAUUAUGCUGCAUAAUUACUGCAUUCGGGCAGGAAUCAUUUCUGAUUUCAGAUCUUGUCAAAAUGAAAUCUCCAGACUCCAGAAAAAUAUGAUUAUCAAAGCUGAAAGGCUUAAGGAUCAGAUUAAUGUCUUUGUGGAGGACAUCAAAAAACUGAAAUGUUACUUAAACUCUAAACAGAAAAAGCAAAUGAAUCACAUAAGAUCCAUGCAAAAACAUGUAUACAGAUCUGAACAUUUGGUAAACAGAGCAACACAGUUUCUUUUAUUCUUUAAGAAAACCAGUGUUUUGAGAAUAAAUGACACUCCAAGUACAUCGAUAGUAAAAGUUCAUUCUGUCAAAAAGCAAAUCAACAAAGAUAAUGUUUUUAAUUGUCUUGGAGGAAUUUCUAUCAUAGAGCCUGGAAAAAGACAAGUAAGAAAUGAACAGUUAUUUAAAGUGAUGUCUCCACCAGUUUUAAAGAAAACUUUCACAGUGAAGCCUACAUGGGUUCUAGAUAAUGUCAGUCGUCAUAUCUCUUGUAUGACACCAGACAUUGCCUGGGUCAGCAGUUGGAACAAUUUAAACUUGACAGACACAGUGGGUGACAAUAUACUUUUUCUGAGGGAUAAAUGUAAUAACAAUGGUGUACACACAGUGACUAGAGAAGGCAAUCUUGUGUACAUAGAUAGGGAUUAUAACAUCAACACACUCUCAGACAAUGAAAGUAAGUCUACAGUGAUGAGAAUAGCAGAACCUUGGAAACCAUACUGUCUUUACUGUUCUCCAUCAAAUGGAGAUUUUCUCAUUGGGAUGAUGAGGCAGGAUAAAUAUAUCGCCAAGGUUGGCAGGUGCAACAGUGAAGGACAGGAACUCCAACACAACCCAGGUCAGGGACUGUAUGUUAAUCCCAGAUAUAUCACAGAAAACCAAAAUAGAGAUGUGAUUAUUUCUGACUUGAUUGAUAAUGUCUUUGACUUAGGUGUUAUAGUGGUGACAGACUCUAUUGGAUUACAUCGCUUCUCAUACACAGGAAAUCCACAAGCAUCAGAAUUUAAACCACAUGGAAUUUGUACAGAUGCUCUGUCACACAUUCUAGUUUGUGAUGCUUACACCAAGACUGUACAGAUGAUAGACAAGGAUGGUCAGUUCCUGGCAUUGCUGCUGACAGAACAACAAGGGAUAGAAUAUCCGUACAGUCUGAGCUAUGAUUACAGAUCUCAUCUUCUCUGGGCAGGAUCAUUAAGGAACACUACAAUCUGUAUAUACAGACAUAUACAGAGACAUGGAUAUAUUAAAGGCAAUUAG